GUCAUCGAUACUGGACGUGCGACCAAUAUACAGCAAGUUGACAAUGAUGUUCUACAAAUUCAUGCUCAUUUUGGCCAUCUUUGCUGCAAAUAUUCCUGCAAAUAAAGGUUUAAUUUCUUGUACGAAAUCUGUGAUAUUUACAAAAUAUGGAUUUCGACCGAUGUCAGCCGAAGACACUACUAUUCUGACCACCAAAGCUGGCAGUGCAACUCAAUGUACACAAUUCUGCCUGAGUCACGUACAAUGUCAGUCAAUCGUAUACCACGAUGUAACCAGAUUAUGUGAAUUGUUGUCCAGUCUAAAGCAACAUGACCACAAAAACACAGAAACAGGCCACGUACAAUACAACAUCAAUUAUCAGCUGAGCGAUUGUAGUGACUUGCUGAAGAUAGGCGUGGGUUUUCACAGCGGAAUUUACAUUAUCUAUCCGAAAGGUGAGAACAACCCGCGGCCUGUAUACUGUGAUAUGGAAACAGAUGACGGUGGAUGGACGGUAAUUCAAAGACGUCGUGACAUUAUCGUAGACUUCAACCAACCUUGGGAAGAAUUCAAAAACGGGUUUGGCAAUUUGUGCGGUGACAUGUGGAUUGGAAACCAGUUCCUCCAUGAGGUAACAACAUCUGGAGAGUUCAAACUACGUUUGGAUUUGGAAGGCAUUGACGGAAAUACGUAUCACGUUACACACAACUCGUUUAAAAUCUUGGACGAAAGUCAAGACUUCAAACUGAACAUUGGGGAAAUCAUUGACGGUAAUGCUGGUGGUGUGUUCAAUACUGCUGUCGAUAUGCGAUUUUCUACUAAGGAUAGAGAUAAUGAUCUGCAUAAUCGCUUGUCAUGUGCAAAUGAUUACAGAAGUGGUUGGUGGUACAAAAAAUGUUUCAUUUGUUUGCCCAAUGGUAGAGUUGAUGUGAACUUCAAUUGCAAAAUAAAUGACAAAAAACUAGAAAUGAAAAUGGCUGAAAUGAAGAUUAAGAAUUACGGGUAGAACCUAUUUAUUUGGGAAUAGAAACUUCAGGUAAAAAAUGUAUCUUUAUCUAUUUUCUAAAGAAAAUGAUUAUAUUUUGCAAUUUUUAAGUGACCAUUUUAAUACUACUAAUUAUAAUAAUAAGUGACACUCACAAUUUUUUAUUUUAUUGAUGUUGUUGUUAGCUUGGUAUUUUAAUUGUUUUUUUUUUUAAUUUUAAUGUAAUGUUUUACUUACGGUUCUGAAGAUUUUUUUAAUACGUUAAAGUUGUGAUUAUGAUGCAAAAUACGGAAAAACAGCAAUGUUGACUAAAUGACGGUUGAGCGGAAUUUAAUUUGUAAACGUAGCAAUUAAUGAGUAAAUUCUCGUAGGAUUAUGCUCCAUGAAAUAGGCCUAUAUAGAUAAAUGGACACUAGACUGGUAGGCAGUAAAUGUAUUAAAACAGUUAAUUACAAAUUGUGAACUGCUAUUCACCAUCAGUGUUAAAAAAUAUCAGUAUAUCGUUUUAGUCUACCUAACCAUAAUGCCAGUGACAUGCGAUAUAUUAUUCUACAAAGUAAUUUCAUAUCUACCAAAGAAAGACGUAGUGCGGAAAUCCGUUGGAUUCUCCGCCUAAAAACCCCGAAAAAAGGUCUUAAUAAGGACAUGGGCUUUGCCAGUGAAUAUACAUUCAUCAAAGACAUUAAUUAAGCAAGCCUAAACUUUGUUUACUCCAGCCCUAUUUCAUUUCCUGUAUAUUUAUUUUGACUAUGCUACAGACUUCACUAUAUAUUUAUUUUAUAUCAUAUUAUAUAUUUCUGUUCCAUAUUUUUAUCCAUAUAAUGCUUUAUUUUACCUAUUUAUAAUUUUCCAUUUCCUGCGUAUAUCCUAUUUCUCUAUUUGUUUAGAAGCCAUCCCCUCACAGUCAGCAUAUCGUGGGAACAGCCAUUAUCUCCUUUCUCAUUCCUUAUUGUUUAUCUAUACUCAGCAUUAAGACAUUGUCUUUGCUAGUAAGCUUUCUUACUUUAGAUAACAACUCAGCUCUC